AUGGCAGAAGGCAUCAUGUGUUAUUUUUCAACUGUUAUACUAUUUUUCAUCGUUAUUUCAUUUAUUAAUACUGAAAAAAUUUGUCCUGGUUAUGGAUUUGUACGAUUUCCAGAAAAUUGUACAUCAACAUGUUCAACAAAUAAUGAUCAAUGCUCGAAAGGUACAAAAUGUUGUCAACGUCUUACAGAACCAUGUGGUUUUCAUUGUAUAAAACCUAAAGAUGAUGUCAAAAAAUCUGGUGACUGUCCACAGUUACAAGCCAAUAAUCCAUUCUGGUUUUUAUGUGAUGGACAUUAUUGUGAUGUGGAUAGCGAUUGUAAAGGUAUGGCAAAAUGUUGUACAAAUAUUUGUCGUUCUAAAAUAUGUGUCAUGCCACACUCAUCCAAAUGA